UAAUAAGUGAAUUGUAGUACCUACUUCAUAAUGCAUCAAAAAUGGAAAAAACCAUAAUUCUCUACUCUGCGGCGGAACAUUUGAGCCCGACGGUAGCGCUAGCCACCUUCAUCUCCACACACUACCCCACCCUCCCCAUCACAAUAAUCAGCACCGCUGACUCCUCCGCCGCCGCCUCCACCCCUCCCUCCGUCACAUACCGCCGCCUCCCCGACCUCCCGCCGCCCCAAACACCAAUCAAAAACCACGUCGAGGCCUUCUUCGAAAUCCCCCGCCUCCACAACCCCAACCUCCGCGCCGCCCUCGAAGAAAUCUCCCAAAAAUCACGAAUCGCGGCUCUGGUCCUCGACUUCUUCUGCAACGCCGCGUGCCAAGUCUCGGCCGCCCUCGGCAUUCCCACUUACUUCUACGACACCACCGGUACACACGGGGUGGCAGUGUUUCUGAACUUCCCUACCUGGAUUGAGACCGUCGAUGCCGACAUCGGAGAUAUGAACGAAUACCUUUACUUCCCCGGAAUUCCGGGUAUCCUCUCAUCAGAUAUGCCACAGAUAAUGUUUUUCCGAGGGAGUAAUGUGUAUAAGCAUGUCCUGGAAACUGCGAAGAACAUGAGGAAGUCUUGUGGAAUCCUUACUAAUGGAUUUGACGGUAUCGAACUCAGACCUAAACAAGCCAUAGAAAACGGCCUCUGCGUCCCCGGCGGAGUAACUCCGCCGCUUUACUUAGUCGGCCCGCAGAUUCCGAAACUCAAUCCAGCUGUAGAUCAUGAUUGCCUGCGCUGGCUCGAUGCGCAGCCGAGAAAAACCGUCGUCUUCCUCUGCUUCGGGAGGAGGGGUUUGCACUCCGCCGAGCAGUUGAAAGAGACGGCGGUGGCGCUGGAGAGAAGCGGCCAUAGAUUCCUCUGGUCGGUGCGGAAUCCCCCGGGGAAGGGCGGGGGAGAUCCGAAUCUGGAGGAGAUUCUGCCGGAGGGGUUUCUGGAGAGGACUAAAGACAGGGGGUUUGUAGUAAGGUCGUGGGCCCCGCAGCUGGAGGUGUUGGGUCACGAAGCCGUGGCCGGCUUCGUGACCCACUGCGGGAGGAGCUCGGUGAUGGAGGCAGUGGCGAGCGGGGUGGCGAUGAUCGCGUGGCCGCUCUACGCGGAGCAGAGGAUGAGUAAGGUGUUUCUGGUGGAGGAGAUGAAGGCGGCGCUGCCGCUGGAUGCGGCUGAGGGCGGGUUCGUCACCGCGGACGAGCUGGAGAGGCGGGUUAGGGAGCUGAUGGAUUCGAACACGGGGAGGGAAAUACGCCGCCGGGUCGCAGAGAUGAAAACCUCCGCGGCCGCGGCGUUGGGCGAGAACGGAUCGUCCGUGCUUGCUUUGCAUAAGUUUAUUAGUGAUUGUUUGUAGUCGAGUUUAAUGGUUAACGAUGAUUUAUUGAUUUUUGUGCCUUGUGUUUUUAUAGUUA